AUGCCAAUCUCAGAAGAGGAUCGACGACAAAUCGAAAAACUUCGAGAAUUGGUGAAAGAUGAGUUGACCCCUUAUUACGAUACGGACUACAACAUGCUACGCUGGCUACAGGGCCACGAUUACAAUUUUGACAUUAUUGUGCCGAAACUGAGGAACCAUUUGCUAUUCCGGAAGUGCCACUGGGAUUUGGAUACUAUGGCCGAUCGACCGAGGAAUCAUCCAAUACAUUCACAUUGGAAGUCCGGGCUGACUGGGCCCUCUGGCGUCCGAGAUAACGUGAUAGUCAAUAUCGAGCAGACCGGAGGCAAUGACUACUGGGGAAUGCUGCAGACAUAUUCGAUUAGCGAAAUUCUUGAAGCUCGCGUGCACGAUCUGGAAAGUAUGCUGCGUGCUGUAAUGGAACUGGAAAAGCAAACAGACGAACAAUGCAGCGUGAUGUAUUUCAUGGAUUUGACAGGGCUGCGCUUUGACCGGAAAGUGACAACGCUGAUUUCCGGAGCUCUCGCCUCAAUUUCUGCGUUUAUGGCAGAGCACUAUGUCGAAAUGGUACACACUUUUGUGCUUGUCAAUGUACCUGCUUUUAUUCAGGCUAUAUGGACUAUGGCUCGCCCAUUAUUGCCGGCAAAAACUAAAAACAAGGUCAAUAUUCUUGGUGGAAACUGGCGCGAAGAGGUGCUCAAAUACGCCGCCCCCGAGGUGCUGCCCGCAUUCUGGAAUUUCGAUGGCGAGGCCGAGCCCUUCAGCGCGGAUUUGGAGCGAGCCGUCCCGUUCCCGGAAUCGAAAUAUUACCGUGGGAAGAUCGGCGAUGAUGCAGAGCUCUUCAUCGUCCCAGCCGGCAAAGCAGCUUCAUUCGACGUUUUUGUAGAAGAGGGCCAACCCCUCGAAUGGACAAUCGACGCCGAUGGAAAUUUCGCCUUCUGCAUCUAUCGCCUUGCUGAAGAUGCUGAGCUGCCACUCGAUCAGCUUGAGAGAGCUUAUCCAAAGUUUUCGAAAAUUCCUGGUCCUACGACCGUGCCGCUGGUUGAUUCGAUUAAGAAGCCGAAGCCAGGAAUCUACCGCUUCUGGUUCAGCAACGAACAUGCUUGGCUUCACACCCUCAAAAUCCGUCAUUCCAUCCGACCACCACGACUCGCCGAU